CAAACUUGGGCCCUGCCUGCCAAAACGAAAAGGAAAAAAAGCACCAGGCGAGCCUGGCUUGGUGCUUCAGUUCCCUCCCCAGCGCCGACGGUGAACUGGCGAGCGACUGGUCCUGAGAAUUCUUUUCUAUCGGUCUCCUAAACGAGAGAAGACGCAUUCAUCGGGGCGAGUAAUUUCUCGAGCGUUUGCUCUAUAGUAUACAACUUGACGCUCCGCCCUUAUCACCGUCUUGUUUCCGAACUCCGCCCUUAACUCACGCCACGGCUGGCAUCAGUGAUCCCAAGAUGUCAGCAGCUUCUGCGACUACUUCCAGCGCGGCUGCAACGAGUUCCGCCGCGGGAAACGGAGGUGGUAGUGGUAACAGUGGGCCGACCAACUCGCCCUUAUUAUUCUUUGUCGCUCUCGGCUUUGGUGUUGUUUUUACAAAUCUAUGGAUCAUUGUCGGUGUCAAAUAUUGUUUUCGUUAUAACCAACGAAACCGUCAAAUGCGCAAUGAAGGAGCCGGGGAAACUAUAGACCUAAUCAGUGUGCCUAGGCCGCAUAGGAGGCGACGAGAGAAGAAAUUAAUGACGAUGGAUGAAGUGAAUGAGCGAUUCCCCCUUGUCAAAUAUAAAGUGUGGCGAUCGACGAGAGCGGACAAAGGUCUUCCGACUGCCGGAGGAAUUACGGCACCGAGCAGUAGACCCCAGAGUCUGAAGAAUGAAGAUGGCAUAUCUGCUGUCACUGUUGGAAUUUCCAUUUCUCCCGAAGCGACUACAUCCGCCCCAGCCGGGACCCAUCGACGUGUAGAGUCUACUUCCUCGGACUUAUCGAGUACCAUUGAACAAGUCCAACACAACGAGCAUAUACUGGUCCAAUCAGAUGAAAAAGGAGAGGCAGGACCUCCCAUCCAUGACGAUCGAUCAUUUGAGUCGACCAAUGCCGACGCUCGCCAGACCAACGCAGAUGACACUGCAAACAAAGAACCGCGUACCUCGGAAGACAACGAGGACGAUCCCAUUCGAACAGCAAUUGCGGCUGAGCUACUUCCAGACCCAGGAGAUUCCUGUGCUAUUUGUCUUGACUUAAUCGAGGACGACGAUGAGAUUCGGGGGCUCACGUGUGGACAUGUAUUCCAUGCUUCUUGUGUAGACCCAUGGUUGACAAGUCGUCGUGCCUGUUGUCCUCUCUGCAAAGCGGACUACUAUGUUCCCAAACCGAGACCUGCAGGUACUGAAGGAGGGCAAGAAGAUGCACGACAUCGUCGACGUGUGCAUGGUCGUACGAAUGCGCCCACACAGCCGCAGGCCGUCUUCGUUGGUGGAAGAGUGAACUUGUUUCGGCCCAGAGUGGUAUUACCCAGUCGGUCUAUGGGGCCUCUGCCUCAAGGGGAAAGGAGAUCACCCGUUGGAACACGCCUCGCUGCUCCUUCAGACAAUGCUGCUGAUCCUUCCGACACAGUCGGACACGGGCAGCGGACUUCAGGAUGGAGAUCAUUAUUAACCUCCGCUCGCUCGACGCUGUUACCUUCCUCUUCACCUAGGUCGCCUAUCUCCAGUCAUUCUCGCAGAGGAUUGCGCCUGUCAUCAAAUGCAGAUACCAGGUCAUCGAGAGAGGAGCCUACUCCUCGACAACUCGAGGCAGGCUCCGCCGUUUGAGCCAAAUGAGCCAAAGGACUCGAAUCUCAUUGAGGCUACGUGCGCAUGACUAUAAUUGUAUUCUUGGGACAUAUGCCAUUUAUAAAAUCGAUGUUGAUAUUCGAAUGUGAGUGCCUGUUUGACAUCCAGUGGCUGUGCAUGUUGCAACUGCGUUGCACAUCAUGCAGGAUUUAUGUACCAUUACCCUCCAUUUUUGUUUUCUAUUGCUUUGGAGUAUAUCUGCGUUUUAACGAACAUACCAUGAGAAAGCUAUUUAUCUACUUUUCAAAUUACUAUGCAGUGACUAUUCUCACCCUAAGGGCGGACGGACUAGUACGUUCCCGUAGCUUUUCAUCCUAGGUAGAAUAUCAGUCCUUGAUACUCGUG